AUGGCUACUAUUCACCCUGUCCCAGUAGACUAUCCUAAGGAGAUCAUCGGCUAUCCACAACCAUGGAUCGUGAGUCCAGGGGAUAAGAUUGAUGUCAAGGUAUCUUGUACAGAAGCAAAAUAUUUACACCGGACAGUCCGGAUCAUACAAGGUUACGAGUGUUCAAACGGGCCACCCGCAAUUUCACAGCCCGUCAACGGAAUCCCUGGGGGUGUUUGUCCCGGUCGAUUCCAGCUCGCGAAUCCCGGGUCUUACGCUAGGGUGUCAAACAUAGGUAUUACGGAGAACGACGAGGGCGUAGCCUGGUCAUUCUAUACGCAGCCAUGGGUUUUGUCUUGCGACCACGCACAAGCCCUGGCCUCUACUCUUGAUGUCACGACAGGAACUGGUGUCGCUCUAGUUCUCAAUUCCGUUGGAGUGGUGGAAAUUUGGGUAGGGGUGGGCAACGGCAAGGUUGAAUGUCUCACCUCAGAAUUUACCCCAGAGAAGCAGAAGUGGCUAAAGAUCGACUUGGAGGUGCGCAAAUACAGCGUCAAUGCAAAGUUUACGCCUAUUGUUCAGGGGCUGUCCCCUCCUGCGCCCGCUGCAUCCUUCAAAGCAGGCUUGAGCAAUACAGCCAAGGCCAGUGCCUCCACAGAGCUACUUCUUGCGGCUUCCUUUGCUACAAGUCCCCAGCGAUCUUCACCAGUUCCUAAGAGCCAUUUCAACGGACGUCUGGACGUAUUUCAUUUUGAGGCUUUGGGACCGCGUCGCCGUGUCCUGGCUCACUAUGACUUUUCCAUUGACAUUUCGAGCGAUUACAUCAGGGACCUCUCAGGGGCAGGCCGCCAUGGAUCACUUGUGAACGCGCCGAGUCGUGCUGUCAAGGGGCAUGACUGGGAUGGUACAGAGAUAGACUGGACCAAGGCCCGGUAUGGAUAUGGAGCUAUCCACUUCCAUGAGGAUGAUCUGGACGAUGCGGCGUGGGAGACUGACUUCACCCUCACUGUGCCUACCGAUACUCGUUCCGGUGUCUAUGGUAUCGAACUUCAGAGUACAUCAUCCGAGGUGAAUGAUACAGUUGUUUUCUUCGUCCGUCCUUUUAGAACACAGCCAUUAAAGAAGCCAACACCCAAAGCAGCCCUUGUUAUGUCAACCUUCACUUACCUUGCUUAUGCCAACGAGCAUCAGUUCGAUCCGGAUACUCCCGCCCGUGCUGAGGUCCCGGGGGGGCUCGAAUCGGUCGAGUUUUACAAGGACGAGACUUUCUAUAAACAAGACCGCCGUCGCGACCUCGGUCUCUCUUGCUACGAUGUCCACCGCGACUGGAGUGCCGUUAUGCACUCCUCGGCGAAGCGCCCAUUGCUCAACUGUCGUCCAGACUACGUCAACUGGACCGGUCAUAGGCCCCGUGAGCUGAGUGCCGAGCUUAUAAUGCAGGGCUAUAUGGAGCGGCUCGGUGUUGAAUAUGACAUUAUCACUGACCAUGAUCUUCAUGCACAAGGAGUCGAUGCUUUGAGGGACUACAGAGUUGUUAUUACUGGGUGUCAUCCUGAAUAUCAGAGUCUAGACUCCUAUCAGGCCUAUGAAAAUUAUGUCCGUGAUGGGGGUAAUCUCAUGUAUCUUGGCGGCAACGGCUUCUACUGGUCGAUCGCCUUAAAGCCGGCCAAUCCUCAUCGCAUAGAGCUAAGGCGCGGGGGGCAAGGGGUCCGGACGUCGUAUCAGGAGCCAGGUGAACGACAUCACGCCGUUAAUGGCCAGAUGGGCGGCUUGUGGAGAGAUCUUGGAAAGGCAGCCAACCACCUCGUCGGAAUUGGCUGCUGUGGUGAAGGUGCCGGUGCUGGCGUCCCGUAUUGUAUAAACUCGAAUCUGCAAGAGAAGCAUCCCAAGCUAGGAGAAUGGGUAUUCAAGGGCCUCCUUGAUGCUUCCACGCCCUCAGACAAUUUCGUCUUUGGUCGCAACGCUCUCGGCGGUUUUGGAGGUGGUGCCUCUGCAGACGAGAUUGACCGCGUCGACUUCAAGUACGGGUCACCUAGCAACAUUAUCAUUCUUGGCUCCUCCACAGGACACCCGGACACAUUUGGACUCUUCCCAGAGGAUGCUGGCUUCCCGAUGACAAAAGUGCUGGGGACGCAAACGAACUUGAUACGGUCCGACAUGACAUACUAUGAGACCUGUGGGGGAGGAGCGGUAUUCUCAGUGGGCAGUAUUAGCUGGUACUGCGCGCUGGGCUUUAACAACUACGAUAAUGACGUGGCUGUGAUUACGAAGAAUGCUCUCUUGCAUUUCUUGGAGAUUGGUCUACAUGAAACUAACAGAAAACAAGAAUAA